AUGCGAUUCACUCCAUUCGCUGCUCUCGCGGCCUACCUUGCUCUCGCAGAGCAUGGAUACGCGAUUAAUAUCAUCUCCUCCAAUGACGAUGGAUGGGCGGAAGUCAACAUCCGCACCUUCUACCAGGCCCUAGAAGGAGCCGGGUACUCGACAGUUGUAUCAGCCCCCGCCGAGAACCAGAGUGGCACUGGAUCCUCUCAGAAAACACCCACGACGCUCACUGAACCCUGUGAAUUCAACAGCUGCCCCGCUGGCAGCCCGCCCGUCGGGCACAACUCUUCGGACCCGCGUCUGAAUUAUGUCAAUUCCUAUCCGGCUACUUCCAUCCAGUAUGGGAUCGAAUCAAUUGGACCCGCGAUCUUCGGAGGCCGUCCAGAUCUCGCGGUCGCCGGGCCCAAUGUUGGCAAUAAUAUUGGUCUCGCAGUCUACUUAUCUGGCACAGCUGGAGCGGCGACGUAUGCCGCUCACAAUGCAGGCAUCCCGGCCAUCGCCUUCUCCGGGGCUUCGGGGUCUCAAACUGCAUGGAAUGCCUCUGCGACGCCACCACUGUAUAGUCAGAUAUAUGCAGACUUGUCAGUCAAUGUGACUGACACACUUGUGUCCUCGGGCACUCCCUAUCUUCCCGACAAUGUCUGGCUGAAUGUCAACUUCCCGGAUGUUUCGGAUUCGGAAUGCAAUGCCGUCGAAGAUUUCUCAUUUAUAUUGACUCGCAUUCAUGUUGCUGUGCCGCUGGUCACCCCAGAUGAUGUGACCACCUGCGGCAGCUCUCGUUUACCAACUGAGUUGGAAGUGUCUUUGAAAUCGGGCUGCUAUGCCAGUAUUUCCGUCGGCAUCGCUAGUACUAAGUCGGAUGCAAAUGCUAGCAUCCAGGGCGAAGUGUUGCACAAGCUUAGCGACAUAAUCACUUGUCUCCCCUGA